UUGUUAAUACGUGUCGAGACGUGUGAUUUUCAUGUUAUUCGCGAUUUACGCCUUAUACUUUGACCCGGCAAGUUAUUUUUAAAGUCGACUGUUAAAGCUGCACUGCCCGGAUAGCUCCAUAUUGUUUUUUAAUGCCUGAAAGAUACAUCGCGAGUAACUAAUGCAAUAGCGAGUCAGUGUUGCAUGAAUUCAUUAGGAAACGUUCGGGGUAACAAUCUAAUAUAAUCCGGCGCUUGUGGUGCGCUAGAGUUGUCGGUUGAAACAAAGCCAACUUUAUUUCGGAAUCGAUGCUUUCUUAUAUCUAACACUUUUACAAAUAUGGGAGGAGCUGUAAGCAGCGGACAGAACAAUGACGAACUAGUGAACAACUUAAUGGAAUCUGGAUACAUCAGAACGAAGAAAGUGGAACAGGUCUUCAGAGCUGUGGACAGAGCCGAUUACGUUCUGUCUUCUUAUCGAGAAGGCGCUUACAAGGAUCUAGCUUGGAAGCAUGGGAACAUACAUCUAUCGGCUCCUUGUAUAUAUAGUGAAGUGUUGGAAGGACUCAGUUUAGAACCCGGUUUAAGUUUUCUCAAUCUUGGUUCGGGCACUGGCUACCUUAGCACAAUGGCAGGAUUGUUGUUGCAACAACACGGCACGAAUCACGGUAUCGAGCUACACGAAGAUUGUCUAAAGUAUGCCUACGAACGGUUAGAGGAGUUCAAGCAGAAGUCGUUGGCUUUAAAUGAAUUCGACUUUUGCGAACCGUUAUUUAUACAAGGAAAUUGUCUCAGCAUCAUACCUGGCAGACAGUACGACAGGGUCUACUGUGGCGCGGCGUGUCCCGAAAGUCACGAGGCAUUCAUUAAACAACUCGUACGCGUCGGAGGUAUAUUGGUAAUGCCCUACAAGGACCAACUGCUACGCGUGCAAAGAGUGGACGAGGAUACUUGGUUGCAGUACACGAUGCUCCCCGUGUCAUUCGCGACCCUAGUCGUACCUCCGCCCUCGGAACACAAUCUGCUUCACUUACCGGAGUGCAAUCCUUUGUCCCUGCAAGAGUUGUGUCGCGGUCGGAUUCGACAUCGUCUACGUCAAAACAUCUGGUGCGAGCACGCCGAUCUCGAGAGCAAGAAGCCCAUACUACCGCCGCAUCAGAGGCAGAGUACGCAGCAGCGUACUCUCCGACGUUUCGUCAUACCCAUCUUCGAAGAAUCCGAUGAGGCCUUAACCGACGACGAGCAGGAGAUCUCCGGACGGGCGCGUUUCCUGCUAAACGUCGACGCUCAUCCCGGCGAGGCCAUCACGACGACUCUGCAACUAGUGCGGGCUGUCAUCCAGCCAAAUCAGAACGACAGCCAAUCGCCGGAGAACCAGCUCGUCGAGCGGGUCUCGAACGAGCUCGCCGACAUCAACGAGGACAUUCGAGACGCCACCGUGAACGUGAGCUACCUCGAGAGACCCCAGCAGAGAUGGGAGCCGUCCGUGAGGAAUCCCGCUUCCGGUACGAGCGCGGACGACAGUACGAGUGCGGGCCACAGUUCUACCACGAGCGCUGACAACGCGAACAACGACAACAACAAUAGGGAGCGGAGCAAGAGGGACGCGGAGAAGUUGGUCACCGCGUAUUCCAACAUGAGCGAGAGCGAGAGCGACGCCGAGCAGGAGAGCGCUUUCGUGCAACGCAAGAAAAUACCGAAGAGCGAGAAAACGGAAAACAGCAGCACGAUGAGGGACGUGAGCUUCAACAACGAAGAGGGUAGCUCCAGCUCCAACACCACUCACUCGGAGAUCACCGACACAACGGACGCGAGUGAUACGACGAUGGACGUGGAUUCACCGGAAAUCGGGAAUUAUAAACCGCCGUACAGAAAUACGUACGGUGCGCGCGCCACGUCGAAGAACUCUACCUCCCGGGAGGACGUAACUAUUGCGCAUUACAUAGAUAGUAACGCGUUUGCUACUUACAUGAAAGAAAAAAUACAACAGUUACCUUUGCCUUUCUCAGUAAAGUUGUACAUGAAUUAUAAUCGUAAAUUAUAAGUGCAAUUGAUGUUAUUCUUAUUUAAAAAACAAAUACACUUUUUAUUACGUAAAGGUCGCAGCUGUCUUUUCUCUUGCGCAUAUGCACUUUUAAAGAGUUACAUAAUUCGCGCGAGCUCUGUAUUUCGAAUAACGUUGUCAAGACCAACUCGUAUCUCGAGUUAUCUCAUGUGCCUUACGCGUCACCUAGUCCCCGCUAACGUACCUUACGGUGCUGCCUACAGAUAACGAUGAAUCAUUGACAUACGACCUUUCGUCACUGUCGAAGUUGCGCUAUCGUUCCUACAUCCCGCAAACUCUCCUUUUGAUAUCAUUACUCGCCUUUGUACAAUAAGUGGAAAUAACUUAUGCA